UCUAUGUCAAGUAUGAGUUCAUCAGUGAUUCCCAGCGGAAACACAACGUUUCCUCUUCAGAUGUUCGUCAGAGACACUUUCACCACAGCGUUUGUGAAGAAUCUGAUCGUGGUCCUGGUCGGCCUCACCCUCAGUUACAUCAACGGUACCUUGGUGGCCACCUUUUUCAGACACCAGACCUUCUAUGAAGACCCUCGUUACAUCCUCUUCAUCCACAUGGUGAUCAACGAUGCCAUCCAGCUGACGGUCACCAUCACCCUUUUCGUCCUCAGCUACAUCCUGUACAAGAUCAACGUGUCAUUCUGCUGCUUCUUCAUCCUGGUGGCCGUCUUCACCACCAGGAACACGCCGGUGAACUUAGCCAGCAUGGCCAUAGAGCGCUACAUUGCCAUAUGCAAGCCGUUACGCCACAACCAGAUCUGCACGGUGAGGAGGACGUACAUCGUCAUCGGAUUCAUCUGGUUCAUAUGUGCGGCUCCAGACAUCACAGACCUGUUUGUGACGCUGGCGACGGAGUCCCUGAGCUUCUUUCACGAGUCCGUGUUCUGCUUAAGGCAAAAUGUGUUCAAGGACCCGAUCCUGGCGGUCAAAAGGCAAGCCUUAGAUAUCCUCUACUUCUCCUGCGUGUUUCUGGUUCUGGUCUUCACCUACCUGAGGAUCCUGUUUGCAGCCAGGGCUCUGUCCACAGAGAAGAUGUCGGCUCAGAAGGCCAGGAACACCAUCCUCCUCCACGGGGCCCAGCUGGCCAUGUGCAUGCUCUCCUACAUCUCCCCCAGCGUGGAGAUCGUCCUGCGGAUCCUCUUCCCGGGCCGAGUCCUCGAAAUCAGAUUCGCCAACUACCUGAUCGUCUACAUCCUGCCGCGGUUCCUCAGCCCAAUCAUCUAUGGAAUCAGAGACAAAAAGUUCAGGAGGUAUCUCAAGAUGUAUCUUCUGAGCAGCAGGUGCAGGACGUCCACGCAGAGAGUAGCGGCCUCGGAUAAAAACAACUUGUAA